AUGCAGGUGAAAUAUGGUAUUGUCGAUUCCGAUUUCUAUAACUUCGAUGAAACCGGCUUUAUGAUGGAUGAAAUAUACCUUGGAAUGGUCGUAACUAGUAUUGAACGAUGUAAUAGAAGCAAGGCAAUACAACCAAGCAAUCGAGAAUGGGCUACAGCGAUUAUAUGUGGUAAUGGAGAGGGUUGGACUAUAUCUCCAUUCUUGGUGGUACAAGGGCAAUAUCACUGUGUGAACGAAGUGAAUGACUUCAAUUUAAUUACUACUAAUAUGAAAGCUGGUUUUCAAGGAGCAGGUCUAAUACCAUUCGAUCCUCAAUCUAUACUCUCAAAACUAGAUAUUAGGAUUCGUACUUCUACCCCUCCAUCUACCUCUUUGGAACUUACCAAUUCCUGGAUCUCUCAAACCCUUCACAAUCCAACUGAGGCUCUUUUACAAUCAACUCUAGUAAAAGCUCGAAUGGCUCGUCAUCAAUCAAGCUCUCCUACACCUAUAUUUGAGAUUGUGCAAACUUUAGCUAAAGGUACAGAGAGAUUGGCAUAUGAAGUUACACUUUUGAGUGCUGAGAAUCGUAUACUUCGAAGAGCAAAUGAGGCAUUAAGUAAAUGUCGAUAUGCCAAAAAAAUUCAACUACGUAAUGAAGGAGUACUUACUGGACAAGAAGCUGAAGAUAUAUUAUCACAACAAGAGGUUGAUAAUCAGAUUCAACGCGACGAGCGUCAAAAUGGGGGAAAUUCUAAUAGGGAAUCAUCUACUAGUCGAUGCCGUAUUAUUGAUGAUAUGCACGGACCCUCAGCAUCAUGA